AUGCCAUCUGAGGAAAAUAGCGCGUCGGGCCCUGCAGGUCCGUAUCAUACAGAAUAUCAAGGGGAUUCUGAAUCUCUUGAGCUUAAUGAGAGUGUUUACGACGGGGACAUUUCAGAUGAUCUUACCGAUAACGAGCUCCAAGACGCUGAGCUUAGUGAGCGCCUUCACCAAGAGGUUUCGGAUUAUUUUUCGCGGAAUGUAAUGGACAGGCAGCACAUUUUUGGGGCUUUUAGGCUCUAUGAACGCAUUUUGAUUGAGCAUCGUGGUAGGAGCAACAGCAGGGUGCUUAGGGCGGCAGAUUUUAGGGAGCAGGUAGCUGGAUUCUCAAAUGUUUUCAUGAGAUAUUUGAUCCAUGUCAGGAAUCCAGCAAUCAAGCUUGGAACAAGAGAUCAGGCUAUCGACAACCUUUUGAUUCCAGCACCAGUUGAUGAGACACAAGCAGAAUUGGAACCAUGUCCCAUCUGCAACGAAACAUUUGAGGCAGCAACAGGGGAUGGUAAGAGUCGUACAAACCAUGAAGCUUGCAUGUUGCCCGACUCUGAGCGAUGCAAUGAUCUUGGAGAAAGAAUACAGGAGCAGAGAACAACAAUUUUAUCAGAAAUCCUUCAAUUGAACUACCUAAUAAGAUGA